AUGGACUUCCUCAAUUUGGGCCUUGCGUCCGCAUCAAAAGCCUCCAAGGCUGCGCUGAGCGCUGCGCGCAAAAUUUCGAAUGACGCAGCCCAAAAAGCCGAGGAAAUCGUUCCCGAGGUGGCAGAGCAGGUCUGCAAGAUGGCAAGGGAAGCAGCCGCUGCUGCUGAAAAAAUGGGCGAGAAAGCCGGAGAGACCAUUCUCGAUGCCGCAGCCCAGGCAGCCGCAAACCCUGGCAAAGCAGCUGCAGUUAUCGCAGGGGCAGCUGGGGUUACCAUGAUUGCUGCCCCGGGUCUAGUUGCGAUUCCAGCACUAGGUGUCUUCGGCUUCAGUGCUUCCGGGCCUGUUGCAGGAGGGAUUGCAGCCGUUACGCAAAGUACUAUGAUAGGCGGCGUUGCUUCUCCUUCACUUUUCGCCCUCUGUCAAAGCGCGGCCAUGGGAGGCUAUGGAGUUGCGCCUGUGUUCGGAGCAGUCCAGGCCGGAGGAGGAGUUAUGGCGGGAUCGGCUGGGACGGUUCUGUGGAUGAAAUCAACAGCGAAGGACGACAGCGAUGGACUCGAAGUUGAGUGA